AUGCUCAAUAGGUUUGAGGGUGUUUUGGAAUCUGGUACACUUCCAAAACAAGAGAGAGACACCGGGAAGCCAUCUAUAAAAGAAACCCUGAAACCAGCCGAUACUAUUGAAAACCCAGAGUUAAAAGUCGAACCGAAGGCUCAUAAAGCUCGGAUUGAUGAACAUAAUCUCAUUGUUAGAGAGGCAGAAGAAAAGGAGAAAGCACUUUGUGAUGCUCAAACUGCUCUAGAAGCUAAAAAGUUGUUAUUUCCUCAUUGGUCCAUCGAGAGAAUUCUAAUCGAAAAAAUUGACAAUCCUAGAAUUCAUUGGUUAGAACCAGUCCCCUCGUUCGAUCUGGAGAUCACACCGGAUUUGCAACUGGAAUUCCCUGUUACUCUGAAAGCUUUCUUGUUUCGCAACUUUGAUCAACUCACUUGGAGCGCAAUGAAAAUAACUGUUGUGAAGGAUAUUGGGCCAAUAGAAACUGAGAGCUUUGUCAAUGCAAUGUUUAAGGACGCUCGAGGUUCGGAGUGUUCUGUGUUUGAGUUCUCUCUUGCUGAUCUACCAUGUUUAAAUCCCUAUGCUUGGAUUACGUUCUUACACUUCUUGAAUAAGGAAGAGAAGAAGUAUGAACCAAUCGUUGCUCAUAUCAAGAGGAUGUUGGUUUCGUACAUCUAUGAGGUAGCAAAGAAGGAUGGUUAA